AUGGCAGUGUCAGCAGCAGAGAAUGAACAAAACUAUCAGGCAGUGAGUGAUUCUACGGACUGCAAUAGUCAUGCGAAACACGACGAGGAUGAGAAUUACGACGAGGAUGGGAAUGAUGGAAUGCUGAUGGAUAUUAGCGAAAUGAAGGCAACGCUGAAGGAUAUGAGGGAAAUGAUGGAGUCGCUGAAGGAUAUGAGGGAAAUGAUGGCGUCGCUGAAGGAUAAUAGGGAAACGAAGGAGAUAGCUGAGACGAUUAAAUCGUUACUAGACUUGUUGCAGCGUGGCGCGUUACACAAAGACGUCGUUGCUCCAUGCGUGUUGAAAACGCCACAUCCGGAUGGUGGAGCAGGGACCUCACCGUCCGGUGGCGGUCAACAGCAGUUGUGUUCUGCUCCUCCGCAAUCACAACAUGCCAGUUCACAAGCUCAGUCGGUAAACAUACCCGAAACUUGUGUGGUUAAAAAAUCGCCUAAUUUAACGGCCCAUCAACAAGUGGUGUACAAUUCGCUGAUGUAUGUCCCUCGCAACUUCAAGGAGGCUGUUGACUGGUUGAUAGCCGUGAGGGGAGACGAUGCUGAGCGCAACUUGGCAACAUUGGGCGCGGCGAUUUACGAUUUAUACGUACAUAUGUCAGGCAGAUCCACAGAGUGGUCAAAUCUAGAUAAAGCCAUACGCUUUUCUAUAGACUUCUUAGAGCAAGAGAAGCUUAAAAAGCAUCUGUAUGUAAAGAUGAUUCUAGCCAUACUGAGUUAUCGUGUGAAUAUAACACCCAAUGUACUAACUAAUAUCAUUGUUUCCGCAUACGAUACGGAGAACCAGAGGUUUUUACACAAAAACGGUCUCACUGCUGACACCAUCGCAGAAAAGCUAUGUUACGUCGUGGAUGCUUGUGCGGAGUUCCUGGGAAGAAUAAAGAACCGCAGUCACUACAACUCUGCUUACAGUCCGCAGGCGACGUGGGAUGCGUUAUUUUCGGCUCAUCCGGAAACUGGCGCAGUAAUCUUCGUGGGUAUUGCGCCUAUGUUAGUUGCAGGCUUAUUAUCUUUGAGAUCAGCUUCUUUAGCUGGGAAAUUGAAAUCGUCGCCGUUAAUUGCGUCUAAGCGUAUGCAGGAGUUAAUACAAGCCUUGGGUUACGUAGAGCCACAACUCUGCGCUGGCAUGACGGCUUCGUAUGUCGGCCGUGCUUUGGGCGGUUUUACAUACGAGACAAUUAACUUCAUUUUCGACCUCGCUGGCUUCUGGACUUUCUUGUGA